AACAAAUACCAAGGUAACAAACACAAUCCUUGGAAGAUCGUAAACUUCCCAAGAACCAGCAACUAACGGAAAGUAUGAAUUUAUCUCUUUACGCUGUUAAUGCGUUUCUGAUUUUGGACAGUACAGGAAAGCGAGUCUUUGCCAAGUACUACAGUCCUCCUCACAGCAAGGAAGGAGAAGGCUCUAUAUUCCAGUCAGUCAAAGAAGAAAAGACGUUUGAGAAAGGACUAUUUGAAAAAACUUGGAAGACUCAGAAUGACAUCUUAACUUAUGACGGUAAACUUGUCGUAAUGCUGACUGUAAUGGAUGUGGCAUUCUACAUAGUAGGUGGAAUGGAAGAAAACGAGAUUAUGCUAUACGAAUGUUUACGGUCUAUUCGUGAUGCUUUAGAACUUAUUUACAAAUAUAUUCCUGAUAAGAGAACAAUCCUUGACAAUUAUGACCAACUUGUAAUUGUUGUCGACGAAACAAUUGAUGAUGGUAUUAUUCUAGAAUCCGAGCCUUCCAUUAUAGCUUCCCGUGUUACCAAGGGCCCUGUUUCCGAAGCACAAGCCAUUGUUUCCGACUUUAAAGAAAUGGGAUUUAUGAGUGGAUUGCAGAAAGCUCGCGACAAGUUUGCCGAAACUAUUUUGAAGGGUUCUUUUUGAAGCAUUGCUAUGUUUCAUUCCCUCAACACGCAUGAUAGGCAGUCAUUCAUUUAAUUUUGUUUUAUUGUAUAAUGCGAUUAUAUUUAAAUGAUGGUUGUACAUGGGAAGAUUUGCGUGUGCUCUCCGUUUCAUUCUUUUAUUUCCUCAUCUGAACGGAAGGGGCUUUAGCAUAUCACAUUGCUCAAAUUUACGUCGACUGUUUUAUAAUGCCCUAAUAUUAUCACUGUUUUCUGGUUGUUGAUUCUUGCGUUUAUUUCUUUAAGAAGUGUGGUUUUCACGUCUAUACCAGUUCCUUUCUCUUACUAGUAUAUAACUCUCAUGCACUAUCCCUCCCUUUCCUUACUGUCUUAUUUGUUUCGCAUAUAUUUAGACAUGCCUCACUAAGAUUGGAUCAGAUUUGACGAGCAUAAGCGUUUCCAAAGCUGUGUUUUGUUACGGCGUCAGAACUUGGUCUAAUUAUGAAUAUAAUAAAAACGACUGUAUAGUACAAUAAACCUAGAUAAAGGAAGGAAACAAAAAGUUCUCUACAAGUUCGCAAAGUAAAACAUGUAUUUCUUUUUUAUAAUAGAAGGUACAGCACAUCUUCGAAAUCAUGUUCACAACGAUUAGAGUAUACACCCAUCGAUUACCAUAAAC